AUGACCACAACACCGACAGAAACGGAUCCAGAGCUACUUGCAAAUAAAGAAUCUGGCAGCACACUUCAUGGCGAGGACAGGCUUUCACAUCAGAAAACGAAUCCUGAAGAAAUAUUCCCACCACCAGAGGAGCUCGACGAAGAAGACCCUGAUAUUGACAAAGGUUAUGCAUGGGUAGUAUGUGGUGCUUGUGUGCUCUUCAAUUUUUGUACAUGGGGUAUGAACUCCGGGUUUGCUAUAUACUUUGCAAACUAUUUGACUAAUGGGACGUUUGAAGGUGCAACAAAGAUGGACUAUAGUUAUAUUGGGGGAAUAGCAUUUGGCGUUGGGUUGUUUUUCUCACCAGUGAUUACGGUCAUCCAGGGCUACAUUGGGUUUAAAAAGACACUUAUUAUCGGUAAUUGCUUACAGUUUACAGCCUUGAUGCUUGCCAGUUGGUCGAGAAAGCUUUGGCAAUUGUAUUGCACUCAAGGCUUGAUGCAGAGUUUUGGAUUAGCAUUUCUCUCCAUCCCAGCAACCACAGUAUUGCCACAAUGGUUCAAGAAGAAAAGAGUUUUGGCUAUGGGCAUUGGUGCAGCAGGAUCAGGUUUAGGUGGCCUCGUUUUCAACUUGGGUAUGCAAAAAGUUGUUGACACCAAAGGCGUGUUUUGGGCAUUAAGAGUUCAAAGUAUUAUUGGAUUUGGCUUAACAUGGAUUGCCAUUUUUCUUGCCAAGAGUAAAGCACAAACACACCAUAUCCAGUUUAAUUUCUUUAACUUUUCAUCUUGCAGAAUGGCUGCUUACUGGUUGGUGAUGCUUUUUGUGAUCACUUGUAUUUUGGGCUACGUGAUUGUUCUUUAUACCUUGGCCAAUUUUACAACCAGCCUUGGAUAUAGCGAGAGACAAGGUUCCAUUGUGUCUGCCAUGGUCCAGGUUGGCUCUUUGUUUGGUAGACCAAAUGUUGGAUACUUGUCAGAUAGGUAUGGAGCUGCAACUGUAGGGUUUGUUGUUUACUACAUUGCCGGCAUCUUUUGUUUGGCCAUGUGGAUUCCAGCACGCAACUAUGCCACAGUAAUAAUUUUUGCAUUGAUUAUGGGUGCAUUGAUGGGAUCAAUAUAUGCCAUUUUUGCACCAUUAAUUGCAAGAAUUUUUGGGAUCCAAAAAAUGAGUGUAGUGUUUGGUCAAAUAUGGAGUAUCAUGGGUAUUGCAGGUUUGUUUUCCCCCGUGAUUGGUGUCAAGUUGACCAAAGGCAGUGGUGCCGAAGUUAACCCAUCAAGUUAUAGAGAUUGUUCAAUUUUUACAGGUAUAAUGUUCUUGGCGUGUGCAACAUUCAUGCUCAUAAUAAGAGGAUAUAUUAUUGCAAGAGAUCGAAUCUUGGUGGAAAAGGGUGACGAAGUCACGGACAUGAAGGACGCGGAAAAUAUCACAGUGCCUGUGGGUGAUGUAUUCAGGUUGCUCUUUGCUAAAAGUGUCGAAAAGGUAUAG